AGCCAUUGCCCAUCUGGAGCUGUACGCGCAAGCUCUGCCCACAGAAGAAACUCCCGCUAGAUCUUGGCCGCCAGCCCCUGCCCGUAAUUUCUUCCUCAAAGUAUCUCGUCUCCUAAAUUUUCUGCAAAAACCUAAACCCAAUCUCUCUCCGACAACUGCCUUUCAUUUCGGAUUUCUCUUCUCAAUUUCCGUUCCUUUGUUGAUUCUUUUCCUCUCAUUUUCCCUGUUAAUCUGUUCUUUUUUUUUUUUCUAAUUAACUUUGCUCUGUUUUCCCGAUUCGUUUGAUUGCUUCGUUGUAUACUAGACUUCAGAGCUUUAAUUUUCAGUAAAAUGUUGUAGAUUCAUGUAGUGCUAUUGAGAUUUACUUCUGUUUUGAUUGCUUAAUGGCGUCCAUUCGGAGGACUCUGUCGCCGGCGUAUCCCGAUCGGGUGUAUCCUAACGGAAUCCCGUUUUCAACUUCUUCGCCAUCCUCGAAGCUUCUUUCGAAUGCUAAAUACUCGUCUACUUUCUCUUCUUUUGCCAUCGGAGUGCGGAGAUUUAUAUCUGGAGCUUUCUUGCUCAGACAUCCUCCGAGGAAAGGUAGCAAUGUUUGGCGAAGGGCAUUCUUUAGAUGCUGUGUGUUUUUCUUGCUUGGCUUCUUGCUAGGUAUGAUGCCGUUUGGCCAUGACGGCGACGAUAUACGUAGGCAUGACUUCUCGUUUGAGAUCAAGCCGCCGCAUGUUAAUGCGCAGUUUGAGAAAGAUACUCAUGGUCUUGUUUGGCGAGAAGAUUCAGUUGUCGAUUCAGUUAAUUUGUCGGUCAAGCCGUCUCCAGAAGUGAAUUUGUCUCUCACCUCAGUGCCAAAGAGACAGUUGAUUGUGGUGACGCCGACUUAUAAUCGUCCACUUCAAGCCUAUUUCCUGAAUAGGUUGGGUCAGGCGCUGAAGCUUGUGAAUUCUCCAUUGUUAUGGAUUGUGGUGGAGAUGAAUUCAGCGUCGAUGGAGACUGCCGAGAUAUUGCGGAAAACGGGUGUUAUGUACAGGCAUUUGGUUUGCACUAAGAACAUGACGGACGUGAAGGAUAGAGGAGUUCAUCAAAGGAACGUGGCAUUGCAACACAUUGAACAUCAUAAGCUUGAUGGAAUCGUUUACUUUGCGGAUGAUGACAAUAUAUAUUCGUUGGAGUUGUUCGAUAGCCUGAGGGACAUUGGUCGCUUUGGCACUUGGCCCGUUGCUAUGCUUGCACAAAACAAAAAUAAAGCGAUUCUGGAAGGUCCUGUAUGCAAUGGAAGUCAAGUAAUUGGAUGGCACACCAAUGAGAAAAGUAAGAGGCUUAGGAGAUUUCAUGUUGAUAUGUCCGGUUUUGCUUUCAACAGCACCAUCCUGUGGGACCCAAAGAGAUGGAGACGCCCUACUUCAAAACCCAUUCGACAGUUGGACACUGUGAAAGAGGGUUUUCAGGAGACUACAUUCAUAGAGCAAGUAGUUGAAGAUGAAAGUCAAAUGGAAGGUGUGCCAACUGGCUGUUCAAAAGUAAUGAAUUGGCAUCUUCAUUUGGAAGUUCCCAAUUCUUUUUAUCCGAGCGGUUGGGUGUUUCAGAAGAAUCUUGAUUAUGUCCUGCCAAUUAAGUGAUUAAACUUUGCCAUUGCAGUUUGAAGCUUAGAAUUUGAUACAGUUCGAUCUAAAUCUGAAUUUUGGUGGCUUUUGACUUCCGAUUGGAUCAUUUGCUUUUAUUGGCGCUGUUGGUGAUGCAGAGAUCCAUGGCUAGCUUGGCUUUCAACACAAAGAAAUACGAGUUUAUCAUUUUUACUUGUAAGAUUUUUCUUGCAUAUUCUUUAACAGAAAUGAGUUUCUUCGUUUAGUUGUAGAGUUUUAGUGCUUACGUUAGAGAGUUUUUUAAUUUUUGAAUCUUCAAUUGUUACAGCAAAACCUUCCAAAUAGUGUGGGGGCAGGGACUAUUGUAUAUCUAAACUCUGUAUUUGUUGUAAAACCGGCCGGUGACUGAGUCGAUGGGGCCUAAUCAAGUAAGGCCACUUUCUGCCAAGGGUAAGACAGUUAGUUUGCAACAUUACUAUUUCCCAUCA